AUGCGUGAACGGGGCAUCCCGUACACAGCAGUGAGCACCCCCAGUGGUAUGCUAUGGGAGUGGCUAGUAAUGCCACAGGGGAUAAGUAACGCCCCUGCAACCUUUAACAGAAUUGUUACGAACCUGUUGCGAUCGGUGCGCGACUUCGCACCGAGUUAUUCCGACGAUGCCUUCGUCCAUAUCCGAACUGUGGAUGGAAAGACGGACGUGGAGGCUCAUAGAAUCCACGUCCAGAAGGUUCCUACGCUUAUGCGAGAGCAAAAGUUGUUCGCGAACCUCAAGAAGUGUGCAUUCGCAGCGAACAAAAUACCACUUCUUGGCUGCAUCAUGGGUAGAAACGGUGUACGCCCUGAUCCGGAAAAGAUCAAGGCGAUUAGCGACUGGCCUGUGCCAGUCGACUCCAAGGGACUUCGAAGGUUCCCUGGCUUGGCAGCGUAUUUGCACAAAUACUCGCGCAACUAUACCGAGAUGACUGUGCAGCUCUCUCGUCUACUAAAGAAAAACGAGAUGCGGUCACGGAGCCCUGAGUGUCAGCACUCCUUCAAAGGUAUCAAGAAAAAAUUGAUACAAUCGCCUGCGUUGGCGGUUGCAGAUCAGGAAAGAACAUUCCAUGUCGUCUGUGACACCAGCGAUUUUGCGAUCGGCUGCGCGUUAAUGCAGUACGACUCAGACGGCAUUGAGCUCGUCGUCUGUUAUCAAUCGCGUCAGCUGCAAGUAGCUGAGCGAAAUUACCCGGUGCAUGACAAGGAACCCCUUGCCGUGAAAUAUGCACUGGCCAAGUUUUAUGGUAUAUCUCUUGGGAGAUAG